AUGGCGUCGCAGCCCGACUUUCACGCGGUCGCAACGCCCAAGCCCAACGAGCCGCUUCACAUCCAACGGGAUGCUGACGCGGUCGACGCGCCGUCCAAGCUCGCUCUCGUCGCGCACUGGACUGCAGGUCUCCUCUUGGCCUUCUCGGUCUUUUCCAUCACCGUGAUCUUUACGCCAAUGGUGAUCCCCGUCACGACGACGUUCUUGAACCCGAUGUGGAACGUCAACCCCAAGGUCAAGGGCUCGGGCCGUCCCGAGAUGGUCAACGACUCGUACUUCUUCUUUGGCGUGAUCUUGCCGAUCAUCGCGGCCUUCUUGCUCGUGCGUCUCGUGAGCAAGGGCGCGUCGUUCCCAGUGCCGGGUCUCUCGCACAUGCUCAAGCGCAAGCCGCGCAUCUUUGGGUCGCUCGUGAGCUACGGCGAGAUCCUCUUUUUGCUCGUCCUCGUGGCCGGCAACAUCAUCUUUUACUAUCACUACUACAGCACGCGCCUCAAGCCCAACAGCAAGACGAAGGACAAGAUCAAGCUCGCGGCCAAGACGCUCGGCCUCUCGACCAUGUACAAUAUGGUGUGGCUGGCGCUGCCCGCGUCGCGCCACUGCUUUUGGAUGGAGUGGCUCGGCAUCCCGUUCGCGCACGGCGUCAAGUACCACCGCUGGCUCGGUGUCGCGACCAUCGUUUGCGCGACGGUGCACGUGGCCUUUUACAUCCAAGUGUAUGUGGCCGCGAACGACGCGAUGACGCUGCUGCCGUGCUUUGGCUGCGACGUGGCGAAAGAAGGCAAGAUGAACUGGGUCAACACCUUUGGCUGGAUCGCGUUCUGGAUGAUGGUCGUCAUGGGCCUCACGUCGCUUCCGUACGUGCGCCGCCACUACUACAAGGUGUUUUACGCGACCCACUUUCUCUUCAUUCCUGCCACGGCCUUUGCGAUCAUGCACUACGCCAACAUUGCCAUCUACCUCUUCGCCACCAUCGUGCUCUACAUUGGCAACCGCAUGAUGUCGUCGGCCACGAUCUCGGCGCCGGUCAUUGUUCAGAAGGCGGCCGCGCACCCGCACAACGUGACCGAGUUGACGUUCGAGUGUGCGACCUCGUACCGCGCCGGCGACGUCGUCUACCUCAAGGUCCCGUCGGUCUCCAAGACGCAGUGGCACCCGUUCAGCGUCGCGUCGACGCCACUGCACACGCCCGGCUCGCUCACGGUGUACAUCAAGACGCUCGGGGAGUGGUCCGGCCAGGUGCACGAGUACGUUCGCCAGUGCACGGCCGCCAAUGUCGACCCCGUCGUGUACAUGGAUGGCGGGUACGUCCCGCCGGCGCCCGUCUCGGCGUCGUUUGACAAGGUGGUCUUUGUCGGCGGCGGCAUCGGCGUCACCCCGCUUCUCGGCCAGAUCCUGCACACGCUGCACUCGCAGUCGUGGCAAGAUGUGCUCUUGUUCAUCGCUGCGUUCUUUGGCGCCGGCUCGCUCUUUGUUGCGGUGCACUACAACACCAAGAUCACGACCGCCGACCCGUCGUACUGGCCGCUGCAGCGCUUGAUGGAGUUUCUCGCGAUCGUCAUUGGCGCCUACUGGGCCUACGUCGUCGUCUUGGUCAAGCCGUACACGCCGGUGCCGGUCGCGCGCUCGCAGGUCGACGAGGUCCCCAAGGAGCCGAUGAUGUCCACCGACGCGUUCGUCGAGCGCUACAACGUGCAGCAGGGGCACAUGGACUGGUCGCGCUUUUUUGCCAGUCUUGCGGACACAACGGCAGCGACUGCGUCGAUCGGCGUCUUUGUCUCGGGCCCCAAGACGCUCUUGCGCGCCAUCGAAGCCGAGACGCACGCAUCGCGCUUUGCCCUGCACCACGAGGAGUUUGAAAUGUAG